GAAUAAUGGUGGUGAACAUGGAUAUCGAUUGGAUUCUUUUUGGAAUAAUGGUGGUGAACAUGGAUAUCGAUUGGAUUCAUUACCUAAAGGGCAUGUUGAAACCGCUUGUGGCCCUCACAGUGGUUUUGAUGGCCGUGGCUCUGUUGUAUGUGCAGAAGCUUGGAUUGGGGAAGGAGAUGGUCUACUCCAUUACAAGGGCUUUUCUUCAGUUGUCUGUCAUCGGCUUCGUGCUUCAGUUCGUUUUCAAACAGAAGAACGGUUGGUGGAUUUUCGGCGCUUACUUGUUCAUGGUCUCAGUUGCUAGUUACACAGCAGGCCAACGGGCAAAACAUGUACCAAAUGGGAAGUACAUUGCAGGAGCGUCUAUUCUGACUGGAACAUCAGUGACCAUGUUCUUGCUGCUUGUCCUCAAUCUUUUCCCUUUCACACCACGCUACAUCAUCCCAAUUUUAGGCAUGAUGAUUGUUAAUUCCAUGACUGGAACUGGUGUAACAAUGAGGCGACUCCGAGAUGAUGUCAGGAUCCAAAAGGACCUGGUGGAAACUGCAUUGGCCCUUGGAGCAACCCCAAGACAGGCUACAGUUCAGCAAGUAAAGAGGUCUUUGAUUCUUGCACUCUCUCCUAGGUUAGACAAUGCAAAGACCAUGGGGCUGAUCUCACUUCCUGGUGCUAUGGCUGGUCUUAUAAUGGGGGGUGCCUCCCCUUUGGAGGCCAUUCAAUUGCAGCUUGUGGUGAUGAACUUGCUGAUGGGGGCAGCAACUGUUAGUUGCAUUAUGGCAUCAUAUCUCUGUUGGCCAACCUUCUUCACUAAAGCUUACCAGUUGGAGCCCAAGGUCUUCAGUAAAGAGUAGGCUUUUUUUGUUGUUGUUGAAGUACUACUCCUUGACUACUCCUUACAACGGACAUAUCAAUUAUGAAUUAGUGAUUCAUGCUCGUAGGGCAUGACAAUGGUGAAGGGAAAGGUAUUCUUCAUGAUGUCUUCAUACGCUCAUCUUCCUUGGUACUUCAUCAAAAUGACAGAUCGACGGUCUGGGUAUGCUGCGUCAGUUCUCUUUGUCAUUUAUAAUGGAACCCUUUUUUUGCGAAGGAGGUGGGAGGAGCUUGAAAAAUUUUUAGUUGCAUUAAUUUGAAAUACUUCGAGGAUAAGAAAUUCUCCACACCCAAAAUGCAAAUUAUCAUACUCUUAGUAAGUAUCAUAUGACAAUUCAAAUUGUUUCAUCGGAGUUUACCAUGUGGCAAAGUAGAAUUCAAGGC